UCCCUCCGAGCUCCUCAACCCAUACACCAAGCCCUCUUCACUUCCUCCACCACCACCAAUCCACCGAGCCCAAUCCAAAGCCAUAAUCGCCCACAAACACGCACACCAUCUCCGGUGAGGUCUGAGCGAGGUAGGUCUAACUCUGAGCGACUUCUUGCGUCCUCCAGGUAAACCCUCUCUCCAUCCCAUCGAUCUUCACCGAUCUGUUCUUGUUCUUGGUCUCCCUCCAUAGCAGAGAGCUCCAGAGCCUUUUAGUUUCUGGUCUCUGAUUUUUUUCUUUUUCACCCCUUGUUGUGGAAUACUCCAGUAGUAGGUAGGUAGUUAGCCAAGAGAGGCUCUUUUUCCACACCUCCUUGUGCUUCUGUGUCCAUUCAACAGUAGAUCUGUGUGGGACAGCCAUACCUGUCCUGCCUGUUCUUUGAUUUUAGCUAAGAACAAGGCUAUUAUUCUUUCUUUUAUUCCCCCAAAGACAAAGAAAAAUCCCCCAUAAAAAAUCCAAGUAGAUUGUUCUUCGAUGGCCGCUGCUAUAAAUCUUCCUGGGCCCGCCGGCGAGGAUCUGAUGCGAGCAAUGGAGUCCUUCAUGCAAGAAGACGCUCCAUCCCCUCCUCUGGCCAUGCAGCCGGCGCCCGCCACCUUCCCUCCGCCGCCGCCGUUCCCCGCCGGGGCCCACGGGCUCAGCUACCCUCCGGCGACCCACCUGACCCCGGCCCAGAUGCAGUUCAUCCAGGCCCAGCUCCACCUUCAGCGGAACCCGGGUCUCGGCCCGCGGGCGCAGCCCAUGAAGCCGGCGGUCCCCGUGCCCCCCGCGCCGGCGCCGGCGCAGCAGCAGCGGCCGCAGAAGCUGUACCGCGGCGUGCGGCAGCGCCACUGGGGCAAGUGGGUCGCCGAGAUCCGCCUCCCCCGCAACCGCACCCGCCUGUGGCUGGGCACCUUCGACACCGCCGAGGAGGCCGCGCUGGCCUACGACCAGGCGGCGUACCGCCUCCGCGGCGACGCGGCGCGGCUCAACUUCCCCGACAACGCCGCCUCCAGGGCGCCGCUGGACUCCGCCGUCGACGCCAAGCUGCAGGCCAUCUGCGCCACCAUCGCCGCCGCGUCGUCCAAGGGCGGCAGGGCCAAGAGCAAGGCCACGCCCAUCAACGCCCCCGUCGUGGACGCGGAGGCGGCGGCGAGCAACAGCAGCUCCGACGAGGGCUCCGGCUCCGGGUCGGACGACGAGAUGAUGUCGUCUUCCUCCCCGCUGCCGGCACCUCCGGCGGCUCCGCUGGCGGAGAUCGGGCAGCUGAACUUCGGCGAGGUGCCGUGGGACGAGGCCGAGAGCUUCGUGCUCCGCAAGUACCCGUCCUACGAGAUCGACUGGGACGCGCUGCUCGCCAACUAGCUGUUCAUCGACCAAUCAAUCUGCCAGUGAUGUAAUUUCAGUAGUAGAGUGUAGCUUUGUCAAUUUGUCAUCCACCAUGGCCGGUGCUGCAGAUGAGGUUUUAGGCAUUCUGCACGGCGCGGCCCGUGUGUAAUUUGUAGCCAAGUAGAUUUCCGUUCUUGUUGGUCCCCGGACCUCGCCGGCGUUUUUGUGACCGGCGUCCUGCUCCGGAUGUUACUGUAAAAUGUUCCGUGGGUGCACAGCAUUGGUGUACUGGUCUGUCUGUAAAAAAGUUGGGAUCUUUAGGUUGUAAUCAACUGCUGUUGUUAAUUGUAAGAAUCUGUCUCCUCAUCAUCAA